CCCCAGCCUCAGGGGGGCAGCAAUGUAGCGCAAAGCAUGCAGUCCACCGGAAACCAGGAAAUACAAGAAGUUGACGAACGUACAAUUUUUUUGUCGCCAUCUCCCAGAGAAAGGAAACGCCUUAAAGAGCGGAGAAAACAUAUCAACAGUGUUUAUUUUUGCCAAAGAAGAUUCCCACUACCAUCCACCAUGGGAAAUUUUUUUGCAAGGUUUUCAAGGAAGGAGAUGCGUAUCCUCAUGGUGGGUCUGGAUGCCGCUGGAAAGACAACGAUUUUGUACAAGCUCAAACUCGGAGAUAUUGUCACCACCAUUCCCACAAUAGGUUUUAAUGUAGAGACUUUAGAGUACAAGAACAUCAGUUUCACAGUAUGGGAUGUCGGUGGUCAAGACAAAAUCCGACCACUGUGGCGUCAUUACUUCCAAAACACACAGGGGGUCAUCUUUGUUGUGGACAGCAAUGACAGGGAGCGAUGUGCAGAGGCCCGGGAAGAGCUCCUCAGAAUGCUGGCAGAGGACGAACUGCGCGAGGCUGUGCUAUUAGUCUUUGCCAACAAACAAGAUCUUCCAAAUGCCAUGUCUGCUGCAGAACUCACAGACCAGAUGGGUCUUCACACCAUACGACAUGGACCAUGGUACAUCCAGGCAACCUGCGCCACCACUGGAGAUGGCCUCUAUGAAGGACUGAACUGGUUGGCUGCAAACCUUAAGAAAUAAUAAUAAUCACAGCCGUCUAAAACUUGUCUACCCCACUCCGUCUCUGUCCUUGCUCCUUACUCUUAAGGUGGCGCAAUAUUGAGCUAAUAAAUUCAAAACACCCACUGGAGGCUUUUUCUCCUGCUGUUGUUACCACAAACAAGCCAGUGGUGGGGUUUAUCUAUUUUUGUAAAGCUGUUUUUUUUAUUAUGUGUAAUUGUAAAUAUUACUUGGCAGUGGGGAAGCUUAUUGCACACUUGUAAAUCCCCUUGUAGUUACUGUUCUCUUGGUUGUUGGGCAGCCAUGUGUGCCUCAGUGCCUCAAUGUAAUCGGAUGACUUCUUACCCUGUGACGUGUACUGUAAAGCAUAAUCCAUGAGGUACUAUUAUCGAAAGACUAAUUUAAAGGUCCAGUGUGUAAGAAAUUAGUGACAUCUAAUGGUGAGACACCAAGUGCAUCACGAAACUACAGUGGCCUUUGUCGUUACUUCACGUAACAGCAAAAAUGUUCUUUUGUGUAGUAAGCUCCCUCCUCAAAUCUAAACCAAAGUAUUUUUAUUCCAAAGUAUUUAAACACUUCUACAAACAUGUGUCAUAUAUUCAGUUUCUAACAAUAAAUCAUCUGAAAUGUUGCUCACUGGACCUUUAAGUUCACACGGUGCACUACUUACUGCGAUUGUGGUUACUUGAACCAGUUACUACCUGUACCAGCUCCCCAGGUUGCCAUUUAGUCCACACUGGUAUAUUAUCUGCACUCUUUAACUAACAUUACUCUAUCCAAACUCCUUACUGCCAUGCUGGGUUUUUGUAUUUCUCAAUCUCAGGGUGAUAAUAUGCUGCCUUUGCUAUAUACUUGUUAAGCAAAACUCCAUGGGCUCAUAAAGGGUAUGUAUGUAUGUAUGUAUGUGUGUGUGUGUAUAUAUAUAUAUAUAUGUAUGUGUAUACACACAUAUAUACAUAUAUAUGUAUGUUUUUUGUAUUUUUUUUCUCAGCUAAUAGUAGCUUAAGUACUUGCACACUAAAAAUAAAUUUGCCUUUUUCUAUUUGUGACAUCCUGGAACAUAGGAUUUUGAUGGCAAUACAAAAUCAAGUGCCAUUAUGCCUCUUUCUGCAGUAUAUUGUCCUUUGGGCUAAAUGUGAAUAUGCCUUUGCAUUUGAGACACAUGUUGCCUCUGAAAGAUUUUCAUCUAGGUGGCAUGAAACAUUUUUAUUGUAUCUUCCUGAAUGUUUGAAAUCUAAUGUUUUUUAUGUAAAGCUUUUGUUUUGAGAGGGGAAAAGUCACUGUAAUUAUAUAUAAAAUAAAUAAAUAAAUAAAUAAAACUGAGGUUAAAGCUGA